AUAGUAUAAGAAGCUGAAGCUGACAAACUUAGAGAAGCAAAGUCUUAAACUUCUUUGGAGAUUAGGGCACCAGAAUUGCAUCAACCUCGAAGCUAGUUCAAACUAGUGGAAGGUUGUUUGCACCAAAGCUUGCAACAACAACAAUAAUUUUUUCUAAAAGAAAAACACAAAGUUUUGUUACUAUUAAGCAAUGGCUAGAGGAAAGGUUCAGAUGAAACGGAUAGAAAAUCCGGUACACAGACAGGUUACGUUCUGCAAGCGCCGAUCUGGUCUUCUGAAGAAGGCGAAGGAGCUCUCCGUGUUAUGCGAUGCUGAAAUUGGAAUGUUCAUUUUCUCCGCUCAUGGAAAGCUUUAUGACCUUGCCACCACAGGAACUAUGGAGGGGCUUAUUGAGAAGUACAUGAACGCUACUGGAAGUGGUUCAUUAGUGCAGUCUGGUGAGGUGAAAAGAGCCAAAGAGAUGCAGGCUAUGCAAGCGAAAGAAGAGACCACUAUGCUAAAGCAGGAGAUUGAGAUGCUCCAGAAAGGGCUGAGGUACUUGCUUGGAGGAGGAUCUGCAGAAAUGGCAUUCAAUGAAUUAAUGAUGCUUGAAAAAAAUCUUGAACUUUGGAUUUAUCACAUACGAUCCACAAAGAUGGAGAUGAUGUCUAAAGAGAUUCAGCUUUUGAGGAAUAAGGAAGGAAUAUUGAAAGCCGCAAAUCAGCAUCUUCAAGAUAAGAUAGAAGAAAAUGUUGAUACUACUAACUUUGCACCAAUGGCAACUAAUAUGACAUAUCCACUAACCAUACUCAAUGAGAUAUUUCAGUUUUAGCUGUAUAGGAUUAGUGUGGUGACCAUAUUUAUAUGCUUAUAAUUAUAUUUGUGAGACAUGUUCUUAAAGAGUGUUUAGCUUCAUGGUUUGUUGCCCCAUCACUUCUGUUUAUUAAAUUGCUUCUGAGAUGGGAAAUUUGCUAAUAAUAUUGUCCUUAAACCCAUAUGUAAUUGUCUUCAUCUAUUAUAUCUUUUUUGCUUA